CACGGAGAUUACACUGGAACCUCGCCCAAGGAUCUCUGUGCUACACAAAGGAUCAUAAAAUCCAGUUGGUAAAGCCUGCUUUACUCUAAGCAGAAGUGGCAAUAUUUUCCCAACAAACGGGUGUAGUCUCACAGAGUCCGUAAUUGAUUCGGGUCAAUAUAUUUCCGUCGAUCACCGGAUACCGUUUUCGUUUGAUAUCGCGUGUGUGUGAGUGCUUAUUAUCGAUAAGAUUUUUCGUCUCAUUGCAUUGUUCAUAAGCCUACAGCAUUUUGUUAGUGAAUUUGUGCCCAGCCAAGUUGGCGAAAAAUAGCGACGCGUGAAGACAAGCUCUAUAAGUUAUCGAAAAAAUCUAUAAAUCCCUGUAUUUUCCGGUUUUAAUAGUGGUACCGCGAGUGUGUGCGUCUUGUUUCAGGUAGACUAACUCGAGGCGUAAAAAAGAGGAUUUUACCAUACAGUAUUUGCAAUAAUGAUCAGUAUCUGGUACAACAACAAUGAUCUGAGCCGUGACUGGAUCCGUAUUGCUGGACGAUAGUACCCGUCAUACCCUAACAAGGGGUUUCGUCCAAAAAUUAGACAUCCAACCGAACCAAGUGCUCAAUUGAACUCAUCACACCAACAACAGCAACGUCGUCACAGUCAGCAUCUGCAACAGAUCCAGCAGACGCAUCAGCAGCAACCCGGACAGCCGACACAAUCAACUUCCGCCUCAUCCGCCUCUUCAAACAUACCAACAGCUGGCCGUUCCUCAUCGGACAGUACAAAGGUUAUGGGCAAACACGAAAUGAAGCGCGGAAUAUCACAGAGAUCGUCGGAUGCUGGAGACUCCCCCAAGCAUUACGGUGAGUAUCGAUUGACUUCCAACAGAUGACGGACUACAGCAUGGAAAAGAUAAAAUAUGUCGUAAAAUGAGUAAGUUUGCAUCGAAUAAUUUACGACCGUUUUGCAUAGAGGGUUGUAUCGGAUACAGCCUUCUUGUAGUGACAACGGUUAUUGGAAAACGUAUAAAAUAAUUGAUCAAUUGCUAUUCUACCAGAUACGUUGCCGCAGUAUAAACAGAGAAAUACAAAAUGAGAGCAACCGCGCAAGGCGUGGUAUAACAAUUCAAUCUAUUGGCUUAUAAUUUAUUUUUAAAUUGCUAGAAUUCUGACGUGCUAAGCUUUAUUAUCUAACUAAUCUCGUUGCCUAUGUAGUCGCGAAAUCCUUGGUAUAACGAUCGCAUGGCAAAUUGCAUUUUUGAUGAGUGAAAAAUUUUAUUACAUCCUUCUAUCAAAUUGCAUAAUUGAUUUAUGAUACCCUGUAUAAAAUUUGUUCAUUCAAUCAUUUUGGUUCUUCCCCUCUCCCAAUGUCGACACCGGUGCUGUGGGACGGUGCGCGAAACCCCAAAUAACUCCACAGGUUCAGCGUCGUCCAAUUUGGUUGGAAAAUUCACUCAAAGUGUACGACGGAUCGUGCAAGAUGUCAAAGAUGAAGGAUCGCCAAGUGGCAUGAGCCGUGAGGAGCUAAUCGAAACCAACGAGCGGCUGCGAGCGGUUCGUAUUCGACUGGAAGAAUCAUACGACACGGCGAAAAAGGCAUUAGUUACCCUAAUGAACAAGUACGGAGACUCCAAGAGCCAGCGGAAUGUUUUCAACCGAUAUCCGAUGCUGAAAUUGAUGAUAAAGGACGUCAUUCGUUUGGAAACUCAAUACUGGACGCUAGUGGAAAUCCCCAAGCAAGAAAAGCUCGAAACAGUCCCUGCCUUCGUUCUGCGUGCAUGCAGCAUCAUGGAAAAGUCACAAAAAUCGGGUGAAGGAGUGAAGACGUCUGCCAAGCUUGCGGAAGAAGCGGCAGAGAAGCGAGAACGAAUGGAACGUCUGGAAAUGAUGACGACCGCGCAGGUUGAGCAGGAGAACACGCAAAUGAUCAAUGAUUUGUAUCGCUUGCUGAAAAAAUACACCGGUUUGAGAAACCUAAUCCGCGAACUAAAGUCUGAGUACGGGAAUUCCAAAAUCUACCCAAUCUUUCCGCGAUACACGAUGCUAAAAGAUAUGAUCAAGGAUAUCAUGCACGACCCAGACUACAUGGAAGUUUGCCAUGAGCGUACAUGAAGUCGAGUAAGUCAAAGCUGUCCACUUCGCUCGCGACUACUAAUGAAGCGAUGGUACACAGUAGGCUGUGAAAUACUCCUAUUCCUUCAGUUACCCCGGUUAUUGGUAUAACACAGUAGCCAUGCAAACACUGGAUAUUUAGUCUGCCGCAUUGCGUAUUUGAAGGAUAACAUGCAUUAGUUUAAGCCAACAUACGGUUCAGUUGUAAUCUAAAUAGCAAAGUCGAAUGAAAACAAAGCUUGGCUCAUUUUUGUGCAAAAUGCGAUGACUAAUCACAAAACCACAAACAUCCCACCCCAUCAAAACUAUCUUUAUCUAUACACUUUAAAAGUAUAACUAAUGUUAUAAAAAAUUCAACAAAUCGAAUCAUCGCGAUAACAAAAUUUCGAAACAUCCCACCUUUCGAUGUGACACGAAUAAGUAUAUUAUGAAAUAAUAUUUACACACGAAAAUGAUUCAAGGAAGCAAACGUAUUAUUUUUGUUCCAAACACUUCAGGAAAACCAAAAUGAACACACACUAAUAACACUACAGACUUUACCAUAUUGCUGGAGCAGAGAGUCAUCGUAAUAAUCUGAAUAACACGAAAAAGACCAAUAUUAGCUACGUCUAGACAAAACAAGAAAUAAAACAAAAUAAUUAAACAAAUUCAUAGCGACAAAAAGAUGUAACACAGAGUCGACGCAUUUAUCUGGUAAACGCUUUUCUUGUACCAUAAUAGAAUGGAAACACUGAAACAUUAGGAAUAAACAUUAGAAUAACACGCCCGGGUGCGAAAGAGGGGCACGCUUUGGUUUUCCAGUUCUGGACGAAUGGGCAGAACACAAACAACAACACUAUAAAACAGCGUUAGAUUAAUGAUGAAACAGUUGCUUUUAAGGAUCUAUUUUCAAUCGUUUAGUAACAAGGACUCAAAAGUGAUGGCUUUCGUUUUUGUGGAGAAGCGGCCAUGUUGAAGAAAAGUAAACAACAAAGUAGUUAGUAAUACAUAAUAAAAUUGUAACAAAACGCGACAAAUUUACACAAAUAGUAAUCUUAGAAAACAGCCUCAGUUCAUAUCCAGGCCCAACACCUCAUUCACUAUUCCACGAAAACGAUCUCCAAAGCCCAUAGGUAAUUCUAAAAGUUACACAUUUAAAAUAUUGUUCAAGAACGUAUGAAAUGCAUCAACUUAUGCGUUAGUUUAACCCUACGAUGAGGUACUUAGUUCGUAAAUGUUUUACUUGUCAGUUGCCAAUUUAAAUAAACAAAAUGGAAGCUUAUUGGCUGCUACCGAAUAACAAAACUAUAAUAGAUAUUAGGUAUAUGAAACGAUAAAAUAAAUUGUAUCGUAGAAUAGACUAGAACCUGUUCAUAGUGGUUCUUUAAAACAAGGGGUUUUUGAUUGCUAGAGGAAGUCAAAUCAAAAAGUUACAUCAGUUACUGUUACGAGUUGAUUCAACUACAGUUUUUCAAGAAUAGUGUAAGCAGUUUUUUCCUGUCCGUAUUGAAUAUACCAACAAAUACCCGUAAAAGAUUUAGAGUAGAAGCAAGAGUUACUUUUUUGAUUUUUGAGCCGAUAUGAUCAAAACACUUGUCAAAUUGUUUGAUCUUCCGAACAAAUCAAAUGCCUGCAUGUGAUUUCCAUGGCUGAUUUUUCUAAUUUAAUAGUUUUGAUUGAAAGAUUUCUA